AUGAGCGCUGCGCGAACCUCUGGAAGACCGACAACUAUACCAGAGGAGAGGUUUGAGCGUAGGCAUGAGCGUGCGAGUUCUGCUGACGAGAUUUACAGAAGGAGAGUUGCCGAGGCGAAUUUCGAGCUGGAGCUGGGGCUGCGAGAUCGAGAGAGGGAGCGAGAGAGAGAGCCAGUGCGGAUAGAGCGGGUAGAAGUACGGGAAAGAGAACGACCAGAGCGGGUAGUAGUGCGAGAGCGAGAAUGGGAGGAUGACUAUAGGCGCGACAUCGAAGCUGCGCGCGAGUAUAGGGAAGAUGACGAGUAUUAUGAGUUCGAGUACGAGGUGGCGGAUGAUGAUUAUGAAGAUGAGUAUGAGUACCAUCAACCUUCUGAUUCAAGCUCUGUAGUCGAGAGACCAACUACUCGUCAUCGGACUAGACGGAUCAUAGAGACCAGGCGAGUUCGAAGCCCGUCUCCGAUACGAAUCAGAGAGUCAAGACGAGCUGAACGAAGCCCGUCUCCAAUACGAAUCAUCGAGCCGAGCAAACGAGCUCGGAUUCCGGUUCCGAUCACAGUCAGGGAGUCAAGACGAUAUCAAAGCCCAUCUCGAGAAAGAAUUCGCCGAAGCCUAUCUCGGGAAAGACUGCGUGAUCGGAUCGAAGACGAAAAUCGAAGGAUUUCAGCCAGGCCUGCAGUGCCGACCCCAGCACGCCCUAUGAGGGCAGAGCUGGAUCCUCGGUUACAGCGGCGACCAGCAGGAACUCACCAUGACCCGCGUGUUGGUUCUUUCGACCAAGACGACAUCGAUAUUCGUGCCAGCCGUCAUGACUCGCACCGUAGGCGGGCACGUCAUGGGAAUGACCUAGUUCGGUACAACGCGCCUCGUGGUGUUCCGAGAGAGGCUGCGAGUCACAAACAGCAGCCCUAUCCCGAUCAUCGCCAGCCUCGUCAGCACUUAUCCAAUACAUAUGGCAUGACGCCUGCCGGGGUAUACACUGUACAUCCCUCUCAGCGUCCCGGCGCAAACAUGCCGACCCCCCCUCCUCCGAACAUGGCUUAUGCUGGACCAUCCGUUGCAGCACACCCCGGUGACCCGGGACUUCAAUACAUGGCCGCAAUCCCUAGUUCUUACAUGCAUCAACAGCAUACGCCAGCUCCUACUCCACUGGGGUCUGGACCACAGCCCUCAGGAGUGCCGGAACCAAUGAGUGCUAGCUUCUUCCACGCCAAAUACGAAGGGGAUCGGGAAAGAGAAGCAAGGGCGAGGGCCGAGGCAGAGAGACAAAGAGAAUUCUGUGAAUCCAUUAGGCGGGAAGUGGAUGAGUCUUUGAGGAGGGCAGCCGAAGCCCAGAAAGAGCGCGAUGAGAAAUCGGAAAUGAGGGCAAAAUCGGAGGCGGAACGACGCUUGGAAUUUGAAGCCUUGAUCCGGAGCGAGGUCGAAAUGUCCAUCUCAAAGGCAUCUGAGAUUCAAAAGAAGAGAGUAGACAAGACGGAAAAGUGGGCAAGAACCGAGGUGCAGAGACUGAAGGGAUUCGAGGAGUUGAUCAAGAACGACGUCCAAUCUACCAUGAAAGUGAUCAAGACUCUCGAAGCGGAGCAAAAGAUCAGAGACGCGGAAGCUGAGAGUCUGCAAAUUCAGAUGGAAAUACAGGUCAACAAAGCUAUGGAGGCUCUCGAAAAGACGGAGAGGUUGAGAGCUGAGCUGAGAGACAUGCGAGCCAACCGAGCGGGAACAUACGAAGAAUCUCCACCACCACGGACUCCCCCUUUCCGACCAGCCCAUGGUCGUCGCGCAAGCUAUUCCGAGCAUUCAUCACCAUCACCUGCUUGGGGAUCGCGUUCGCCUCCGCCUGCAGUUCCCGAAGCACCCGAAACGGAUCCAGACGUUGUCGAGGAGAGCCAUGAAAACUACCCAACGGAUCACAGGCGACAGUCCUCUCGGCGGAGAUACUCUCCUAGUGUUGCCAGCUACCACUCAUACGUCUCGACAAGUUCCCGCGAUGGUAGGCCACGGAAUGAGGAGGAUGGAGAGAUGCGCAGGGACAUGCGGAUGGUAAGAGAAGAGCUGCUUGAUCCGAUCGUCGAAGCAAUCUCCGGCCUAGCGACGGCCGUCAUGUUUGGGGGCUUGCACUUCCAGUCGCCUCCGGUGUUUAUGCAUUACCCACCACAUCCGGAUGAAAGCAACAGUUCUCGGUCAGUUUCCACCUGUGAGGAGUCAGGCUCAGACGAUAGAGAAACUGUCACUCCGCAACAGAAUGAGCAGCCGAGUCAAAUCGACGAGUCAGGUCCGGAGCAGGAACCGAAUUCUCAAUCUCCGGUGCUCGUUUCGGCACCAGAUCAUAGCGACCAGGAGACGACUUCCACACAAACGACUGACUCCGUGAUAUCGAAUGACGAAACGAUGUCACCUGACGAUCGAUCUGUGGUGGCUGAGUCGUGGACCACGGCUACUGAGGAGUCUGUUCCGACUUACAAUCCUCUGGAGUAUACAAAGCCAGUAAAAGAGGAGCAACAUACCCUCGAGGAAGAUUCUAGGGAGGAUGACACGGACGAAACGCCAACUUUGGUUAACUCUGGGUUUCCCAACUACACAGCUGUCGAGAAAAUGCCACUGGUCGAAAACCAGGAUAAUGCCCCAGAGAUGAGUGGAGAGGAAAGCCUGGACAAGAACUACCAGGUGCCGGCAAUAAUUAAUCAACAAAUCGUCUCCAGCGAGGCGAUCGAAAGCAAACCGAGUCUCUCUUCCGAUGCUCAACCCGGAAAAGAAUUGUUAGGCCCACUCAACGAUCAUGAGUCCGAACAAGUCGAUUCCAACGAUAAAAGCCCCCAACCCUCGACAUCGGACAAGCGAAAACAGCGAAAAGCCGCGGAUUCCAGACACAGAUAUUGGGACGGCUCAUACAUUCCAAAGCAUUAUCUUCCAUCUGAUCCUGAUGGACCCAAUACAGCAAUACCAGAUCUCGACCGGAAAGGCAGAACUGGGGGUCACGGUAGGAAGGGGCGAAAUGCACACGACAAGGUGCCUCCGUUGCCAGUUUUGAAAAAUGCCUUUAUCCCGAUACCCUAUUUCCACCCAGUGUUUGGAGGAGUUCCGCCAUCUCGUGGUCGGAGACGGAGAGGGGGCGACGAGGAAGCCACCGUUGAUUGA